AUGGGAGCCUGUGCCAUGGUGACUGACACCAACAUCUCAUCUGGCCUUGAGAGCAACACCAUGGGCACCACAGCCUUCUCCAUGCCUGGCUGGCAUCUGGCAUUGUGGGCAGCAGCCUACCUGGCCCCGGUGCUGGUGGCUGUGAUGGGCAAGGCUGCGGUUAUCUGGAUAAUCCUGGCCCGUUGGAGGAUGCGCACGGUCACCAACUACUUCACUGUCGACACGGCCCUGGCCAACCUCUGCAUGGCCGCCUUCAAUGCCGCCUUCAACUUCGUCUACGCCAGCCACAACAUCUGGUACUUUGGCCGUGCCUUCUGCUACUUCCAGAACCUCUUCCCCAUCACAGCCAUGUUUGUCAGCAUCUACUCCAUGACCACCAUCGCCGCCGACAGGUACGUGGCCAUCGUCCACCCCUUCCAGCCACGGCUCUCGGUCCCCAGCACCAGAGCAGUAAUUGCUGGCAUCUGGCCGGUGGCCCCGGCCCUCGCCUUCCCCCACUGCUUCUACUGCCCCAUCACCAUGGACCGGGGUACCACCAAGUGCGUGGUGGCCUGGCCCGAAGACAGCGGCGGCAAGAUGCACCCUUUGUACGACCUCGUGGUGAUCGCCCUCAUUUACUUCCUGCCUCUCGUGGUGAUGUUCGUCGCCUACAGUGUCAUCGGUCUCACGCUCUGGAGACGCACUGUCCCAGGGUACGAGGUGCAUGGCGCCAACUUGCGCCACCUGCAGGCCGAGAAGUUUGUGAAGACCAUGGUGCUGGUGGUGGUGACAUUUGCCAUCUGCUGGCUGCCCUACCACCUCUACUUCAUCCUGGGUGGCUUCCAGGAGGACAUCUACUGCCACAAGUUCAUCCAGCAGGUCUAUCUGGCGCUCUUCUGGAUGGCCAUGAGCUCCACCAUGUACAAUCCCAUCACUUAUUGCUGCCUCAACCACAGGUUUCGCUCUGGAUUCCGGCCUGCUUACCGUCGCUACCCACGGGUCACGCCAACUGAGGAGGACAAGACUGAGCUGACUCACACCUCAUCCCUUUCCACGAGGGUCAACAGGUGUCACACUAAAGAGACUUUGUUCAUGGCUGGGGAUGUGGCCCCCUCUGGGGCUGCCAGUGGGCAGGCUGGAAGUCUGCAAGCUGAAGGGUCUGCUGACCCCUGAACCCUUGUGCCUGGCUGCAGGGGGAGGCUUAGCACCCUGGAGAAGUAGCCAGAGAGACUCUCUACAUCAGAGAGUUUGGCCCAUGCCUCACCCUUCAGUACAU